GCUCUCUCUUCUUUGUCACUUACCUUUGGUUCGCUUCUGGGAUAAUCAUGUCCGGACGCGGCAAGGGCGGGAAGGGUUUGGGUAAGGGAGGCGCCAAGCGCCACCGUAAGGUGCUGCGGGACAACAUCCAGGGCAUCACCAAGCCCGCCAUCCGGCGCCUGGCCCGCCGCGGGGGCGUCAAGCGCAUCUCUGGCCUCAUCUACGAAGAGACGCGUGGUGUGCUAAAGGUGUUCCUGGAGAAUGUGAUCCGUGACGCCGUCACUUACACCGAGCACGCCAAGCGCAAGACUGUCACCGCUAUGGACGUGGUUUACGCGCUCAAGCGCCAGGGGCGCACUCUCUACGGCUUUGGCGGCUAAGCUUCCUCAUUUCUCCAUCAGGACCUUACCCUUCUCAACAAAGGCCCUUUUCAGGGCCACCCACCUA